GGAGCUGGCCCAGACGCCAGUCAGUCGGGAGGGUGCUGCGAGAGGCCGGCCGCCCCAUGGAGCGCCCCCCUGGAGAAGAGGGCGCUGGCUCCGCGCCCGAGGAGCAGCCCCCUGCCACCGACCCCACGGGGGGCCCGGGCUCCGGGGUCCCUCCUGCCGGCCCUGGGGCGGCGAGCGAGGCCCUGGCGGUGCUGACUUCCUUCGGGCGGCGCUUGUUGGUGCUGGUGCCCGUGUACCUGGCCGGGGCAGCGGGUCUCAGCGUGGGCUUCGUGCUGUUCGGCCUCGCCCUCUACCUGGGCUGGCGCCGGGUCCGCGAUGGGAAGGAGCGGAGCCUGCGGGCGGCGAGGCAGCUGCUGGAUGACGAGGAGCGGAUCACGGCCAGAACGCUUUAUAUGAGCCACCGGGAAUUACCUGCCUGGGUCAGCUUCCCGGAUGUGGAAAAGGCUGAAUGGCUAAACAAGAUUCUGGCCCAGGUAUGGCCCUUCCUUGGACAAUAUAUGGAGAAGCUGCUGGCUGAAACGGUGGCGCCAGCUGUCCGGGGUGCUAACCCCCAUCUGCAAACAUUCACAUUUACGAGAGUGGAGCUAGGUGAAAAGCCAGCACGCAUCAUCGGAGUCAAGGUUCACCCUAGUCAGAGGAAAGACCAGAUUCUAUUGGACUUGAAUGUCAGCUAUGUAGGCGACGUGCAGAUUGAUGUGGAAGUGAAGAAAUAUUUCUGCAAAGCAGGCGUCAAGGGCAUGCAGCUCCAUGGCGUUCUGCGGGUGAUUCUUGAGCCACUCAUGGGGGACCUUCCUAUCGUGGGGGCUGUGUCGAUGUUCUUCAUCAAACGCCCGACACUUGACAUCAACUGGACAGGGAUGACCAAUCUGCUGGAUAUCCCAGGACUUAGCUCUCUCUCUGACACCAUGAUCAUGGAUUCUAUCGCUGCCUUCCUCGUGUUGCCCAACCGACUGCUGGUGCCCCUCGUACCUGACCUUCAAGAUGUGGCCCAGUUGCGCUCCCCACUGCCCAGGGGCAUUAUUCGGAUUCACCUUCUGGCAGCCCGAGGGCUGAGUUCCAAAGACAAGUACGUUAAAGGCCUGAUUGAGGGCAAAUCAGACCCCUAUGCGCUUGUCCGUGUGGGCACCCAGACAUUCUGCAGUCGUGUCAUCGACGAGGAGCUCAACCCUCACUGGGGAGAGACUUAUGAGGUGAUAGUGCACGAGGUCCCGGGACAGGAGAUCGAGGUAGAGGUAUUUGACAAAGAUCCAGAUAAAGAUGAUUUUCUGGGAAGAAUGAAGCUGGAUGUGGGGAAGGUAUUACAGGCUGGAGUCCUGGAUGAUUGGUACCCUCUGCAAGGUGGGCAAGGCCAAGUUCAUUUGAGGCUAGAAUGGCUAUCGCUUUUGCCAGAUGCAGAAAAAUUGGAUCAGGUCCUACAGUGGAAUCGGGGCAUCAGUUCACGACCGGAGCCACCAUCAGCUGCCAUCCUGGUUGUGUACUUGGAUCGGGCCCAGGAUCUUCCUCUGAAGAAGGGAAACAAGGAACCCAACCCCAUGGUGCAACUGUCAGUUCAGGAUGUGACACGGGAGAGCAAGGCUACCUACAGCACCAACUGCCCAGUGUGGGAAGAAGCCUUCCGGUUUUUCCUGCAAGACCCUCGCAGCCAGGAGCUUGAUGUGCAGGUGAAGGAUGAUUCCAGGGCCCUGACAUUAGGGGCACUGACUCUCCCGCUGGCUCGCCUGUUGACUGCCUCUGAACUCACCCUGGAUCAGUGGUUCCAGCUCAGCAGCUCGGGCCCAAACUCCAGGCUCUACAUGGACGGGGUUUUGCAGAUCUUAUACUUAGAUUCAUCUGAAAUCUGCUUCCCCACUGUACCCGGUGCCCAAGACCUGGACGGUGACGGCCCCCAGACAGGCAGCAGUGUGGAUGCCCCACCUCGGCCCUGUCACACAACUCCUAACAACCACUUUGGGACGGAGAGUGUUCUUCGGAUCCAUGUACUAGAGGCUCAGGACCUGAUUGCCAAAGACCGUUUCCUGGGGGGGUUGGUGAAGGGCAAAUCAGACCCCUACGUCAAACUGAAGGUGGCAGGACGGAGUUUCCGGAGCCAUGUUGUUCGGGAGGACCUCAAUCCCCGCUGGAAUGAGGUUUUUGAGGUGAUUGUCACAUCGAUUCCAGGCCAAGAGCUUGAGAUUGAGGUCUUUGAUAAGGACUUGGACAAGGAUGACUUUCUGGGCAGGUAUAAAGUGAGUCUCACCACAGUCCUCAACAGUGGCUUCCUUGAUGAGUGGCUGACCCUGGAGGAUGUUCCAUCUGGCCGCCUGCACUUACGCCUGGAGCGUCUGACCCCUAGACCUACUGCUGCUGAGUUGGAAGAGGUGCUGCAGGUCAACAGCCUGAUCCAGACCCAGAAGAGCUCAGAGCUGGCGGCAGCCCUGCUGUCUGUCUACUUGGAACGGGCAGAAGAUCUGCCACUCCGGAAAGGCACCAAGCCCCCCAGCCCAUAUGCUACUCUCAGCGUAGGAGAGACUUCCCAUAAAACCAAGACUGUUUCCCAAACGUCAGCCCCCAUCUGGGAGGAGAGUGCCUCAUUUCUCAUCAGGAAGCCACAUGCUGAGAGCCUGGAGCUUCAGGUACUCAACUCACUGCAGACUCCAACCACAGCUAUUAUAAUCCCGGCACUCGGGAGGCAGAGGCAUUCCGAUCUCUUUUCAGGACAGCCAGGACUGUUACAGAGAGAAAAGCUAGGCAUCCUGGUGUCCCAGCACUCAGGAGUGGAAGCCCACAGCCACAGCUAUAGCCACAGCUCUUCUUCACUCAAUGAGGAACCCGAGGCCUCAGGGAUACCCAGCCACGCCACUUCCCCAGUGCUGGAGGUCAGGCAUCGCCUACCACAUGGUGACAGCCCCUCUGAGGCUCCUGUUGGGCCUCUGGGCCAGGUGAAGCUGACAGUGUGGUACCACAGUGAUGAACAAAAGCUGGUUAGCAUCAUCCACAGCUGCCGGGCCCUUCGACAAAAUGGCCGUGAUCUCCCAGAUCCCUAUGUGUCACUGCUGCUACUACCAGACAAGAAUCGAGGCACCAAGAGGAAGACCUCACAGAAGAAGAGGACUCUCAACCCCGAGUUCAAUGAACGGUUUGAGUGGGAGCUGCCCCUGGAUGGGUCUCUCAGGAGAAAGCUAGAUGUUUCAGUGAAGUCAAACUCUUCUUUCAUGUCACGAGAGCGUGAGCUUCUGGGAAAGGUACAGCUGGAUCUUGCGGAGAUAGACCUCUCCCAGGGUGCAGCCCAGUGGUAUGACCUGAUGGAUGACAAAGAUAAGGGCAGUUCCUAGGAGCUGGGGACAGCCCGACAUUGCUCUGUCUUCUUGCCUUGCCUCUUGCCUCAGUGUGAUGAGCCCACAGCUAGGGCUCCAGGGCUGAGCCUGAACCCUUUUGCCUUCUGGGCCCAAAUCGGGGUCUUUGCCUGACCAAAGAGGAUCAUAUGUAACCUUUACUGCACGGCCUUUCCCCUUGGGCUCCUGGGGCAGGGACCUAAGCUGGCUACUUCCUCUUCUGCCUGCACCUCACUCUCCCUUCCCGACUCCUCAGGGCCUCAUGCACCUGUGCCUGGCCACUGGUAGCACCAGCAGUGGCACCAAAUCAUGCCAAAUACAGCUUUUGGAAAGCUCUUUUUUACAUAAUAAAAAAUAUACAGAAAAACAAUG